CGCGAAACAGAAGAGUGGGGUGAGCUCCGUCGUCUAAUUAAUAAAGAAAGAAAACAUGAGUUUUUAAAUAAUGCAACCUGAUUGCAUGAUAUCAUGGGUAUAAGAGAUGGGCCACAUCUAAGACAAACUAAUAUAUAAAAUUGUCAUUGAUUGUCGUCGCGGACAGCUUCUGUUUUUACGUGCGUCGUUUUUAUCGAUUAAAUUGUAUAUGUACGAAUGGAUAGUUGCGACUAGUGCUGGCGCGCAAACACACAUACUCAUACACAUGCAGCAACAGCACCAACAAUAACAAAAAAAAAAAAAAAAAAAAAAAAAAAAAAAAAAAAAAAAAAAAAAAAAAGCAGUUGAUACAUUUAGAAGCGGAGCACCCUGAAAAGCUCGCAAGCAAAGCCAAACGCGGAAACUGGCAAAGUGCUCUCAAGCGCUGUGUUAAUCCAAAUCGAGAAUUCACUCGCAUCGCCAGUGCUUUUAACGAUUUUAAAGAUGUCUUGCAAAACGGAGAGCAACAGCAAUAGCAACAGCUACGGCGACAGCGGCGUAACACUUAUCAGUAACAGCAGUCGGAACAGCGAUAUUACUGAUAAGAUGUCAAAUGUGCGUUCGCGGAUUCCCGCAAAUGGCAAGCCAAAACCACCGAAUCAACUCCAACCACAGCUACAGCAGCAGCAUCAGCAGGAACAACAACAGCAGGAGCAACAACAACUACAACAGCCGCAGCAGCCGCCACCAGUGACGCCCCAAAAACAGGCAAUGUCUGCGGACGAGCGAAAAGCCACCAAGAAAUCUCUAGUCAUCGUGGUUGCAAUAUUUGUGGCCAGUUUGAUGACCAUGUUCUACGUAUAUGCAAUAUUUCCCGAAUUGAAUGCCUCUGAGAAGGAACAUUUGAAAAUACCACGUGAUAUUCAAGAUGCGAAGAUGCUAGCAAAGGUCCUGGAUCGCUACAAGGACAUGUAUUAUUUUGAAGUGAUGUUCGGCGUUGUUGUCGCCUAUGUAUUCCUACAAACAUUUGCCAUUCCGGGGUCGUUAUUCCUGUCGAUCUUACUUGGAUUCUUGUACAAAUUCCCCAUUGCGUUGUUUCUCAUUUGCUUUUGCUCGGCGCUGGGCGCCACGCUUUGCUAUACCCUCUCCAAUCUGGUCGGACGCCGUCUCAUCCGACACUUUUGGCCAAAGAAGACGAGCGAAUGGUCCCGCCACGUCGAGGAGUACCGUGACAGCCUGUUCAACUACAUGCUCUUUCUGCGGAUGACACCGAUCCUGCCCAACUGGUUCAUCAAUUUGGCCUCGCCGGUCAUUGGCGUGCCGCUCCACAUCUUCGCCCUGGGCACCUUCUGCGGCGUGGCUCCGCCGUCCGUCAUCGCUAUUCAAGCGGGCAAAACGCUGCAGAAGAUGAGCAGCUCAAGUGAAGCCUUCUCCUGGACCUCGAUGGGCGUGCUGACGUUGUGCGCGUGCGCUUCGCUGCUGCCGGGACUGCUCAAGAACAAGUUCAAGAAGAAGAAGACGGCGUAAGACUCGCACGCAGAUGAAUCGAUACGGAUGUUGCAACAGCUGAAAUAGAUUUAUUUUACCAAAAAGCAGAGAAAUACGAAAGCAUCCCAUCCAUUGCGUCGAUUUGGGUUGCUUUUCACACAUAUUUAUGGAAACCUGCAUGUAUACAUACAUAUAUAUUAUUAUUAUUAUUUCUCUAGGUUUCUCCUUAGUUAUAGUGAAUGUAUCUUGUAUAUCGAACUGCUAUUUCCAAAAACACAAAUCCCUAAGAGAUAUAUAAC